AUGUCUGGACCAGGAGAACGUUUUCAUGUUCUGGCACAAUUGGACCACCUUCAUUCGAAAUACACAGGUACCGGACACGCAGAUACAACGCGAUACGAAUGGCUCACGAAUCAGCUAAGGGAUACGCGAGCUUCACAAAUGAGUCAUCCAGGUAUGACUUCGUUCAUUGCUAUCGUUGAAAACGAAUCUCGUGCACGAACGCGAUACAACCUCCUCAAUCGUAUGAUUCUACCUUGCGGACCGCCACCGGAGAAGUCACCGCUUGAUGACUGA